AUGCUAUAGUGUAGUGUUUUGAUGUUUACAGAAAUUACCAUUUUUAGAUUUAUGGCAUAUGAUGAUUACAUACAAUGUAUUUUUAUGUCAAAACAAGUGUUAGAACCGAGACAUUGGUAUACUCUGAUUGUUUGAUUAAGUUGUCCUGUUAGCUUUAGAAACAUGAGUCAUGGUUUAAUUUUUUUAAUUCAAACUUUGUUCAUAAAGUUUAAAUGUUUGCUUUGAGUCAUGUUUAUUGGAAGUAUGUUGGAUAAUUUUACAGCUUGAUGAUGAUGUUGUGGUAAUGGGGUACACGGUUUGAUUUUAAUGUUUGGCAUGCAUUGGAGGUUUGCUUUGACUCAAUGCUAUAGUGUAGUGUUUUGAUGUUUACAGAAAUUACCAUUUUUAGAUUUAUGGCAUAUGAUGAUUACAUACAAUGUAUUUUUAUGUCAAAACAAGUGUUAGAACCGAGACAUUGGUAUACUCUGAUUGUUUGAUUAAGUUGUCCUGUUAGCUUUAGAAACAUGAGUCAUGGUUUAAUUUUUUUAAUUCAAACUUUGUUCAUAAAGUUUAAAUGUUUGCUUUGAGUCAUGUUUAUUGGAAGUAUGUUGGAUAAUUUUACAGCUUGAUGAUAAUGUUGUGGUAAUGGGGUACACGGUUUGAUUUUAAUGUUUGGCAUGCAUUGGAGGUUUGCUUUGACUCAAUGCUAUAGUGUAGUGUUUUGAUGUUUACAGAAAUUACCAUUUUUAGAUUUAUGGCAUAUGAUGAUUACAUACAAUGUAUUUUUAUGUCAAAACAAGUGUUAGAACCGAGACAUCACAAGACUCCUUUGAGGGAAUUCAAUAGAAUGAAUUAGCACUUGUUUUUCCCUACCAUAUUUAGAACCUGUUUCAGUUUUGUUCAUAUCCAGUUAUUAGAUUUGGGAACUGCUUACUUGCACAUUUGUGUAUGCAUUUUCGUCCAGAUGUCAUCAUCAUCAUCAUCAAUGACUUCUGCAUCCUUUGCUAAACCUACAAAGGAGGGUCCAGAAUUUUGCUUCUGUGAGCUUGAAGCGGUAGUGCGAUACUCAAAAACUGAGCGAAAUCCAGGACGACCCUUCUUAGGUUGUCCAAAGUAUAACACAAAGGGCUUACCAUGUUGCAAAUUUUUCAAGUGGGCAGAUAGUAAUGACGAUUGCGAACACCACUGCCAACAUCAAUUUCGAGAAAUAUACGCAGAACUUUUAAAGAAGGAGAAAGAACUCGAGAAGAAGGAGAAAGAGCUUGAGUUGAGAGAGAUUUCCAUAAGGCGUUCACGUGCACUACUCCGGCUUUAUUGGGCUUUUGUGGUUGUUGUCUAUUGUUAUUAUGUAGUAUUUAACUGAUUAUUCCAAUGCAAGAAUAUGUAAUGUUCAGAAACUCUCGCUUAUUUUCUAUGUCUAAGUUGUAAUGUACAUCCAACA